AUGCAGUCUGAGAAGUAUGAAGAAGAGAUGCCUUCUCUGCACUGGGGUAUCGAUCCUGUGUUUUCUGCAUUUGCAAGACUCUAUAUUAAAGAUAUUACAGAAAUGAGAGAAUCUAUACAGGUGCCAGGUAUAUUCUUUUAUAAUGGACAUCCAAUAAGACAGGUGGAUGUUGUUGGGACAGUGGUUCAAAAGAAGGAGCGAGAUGCUUUUUAUAAUUAUGGAGUGGAUGAUAGUACUGGAGUUAUAAAUUGUGUCUGCUGGAAAAAUCCCAUGGUAGCAGAAACACCUUUAUCAGGUCAUCCAAGCACACCCAGCAGUCUCAGUGUGUUUGAACAGCUGAAGAAACUCCAAGAAACAGUAAGCCAGAAAACCAAGCUGGAGAUUGGAGAUACUGUCAGGGUCAGAGGUCACAUCCGAACCUAUAGGCAACAAAGAGAAAUUCAGGCCUCAUGUUUUUAUAAAGUGGAUGAUCCUGUGUGUGAUGUCCAGAUUUCGAGAAUGCUGGAGCUCCCCUGUCUCUAUAGAGAAGUUUAUGAUAAACCUUUCAAGGGCCCUGAGGAAAUACAGAGUGGCCCGGAGGGUCAGAAUUUCUCAAUCCAUAUGCUGCAUGAGAAAGUGCAAGGCUUUCUAUUAGAAAACAAAAUUCAGACCUUUUACCAGCAGGAGUUGGAGACAGUUGAUUCUCUGGUGUCUCUGAUGGGUGUGCAUCUACCCAGCCCCAGCUGUGAGGAGGUGAAAUCAGAAAGUAGCUCCAGUUCCAAAAGGAUUCAUGGUGUUUUCAAGGAAGCAAUAAAGAUGCUACAAGAAAAAGGAGUGGUUUUCCAGAAACCUAGCAGCUCCAAGGACUUAUACUAUGUAACUGACCAUGAUAAGGAGCUGUUUAAAGUGACCCUUGAUGUGAUUAAAGAAGACUGUCGAAAACCCAGGCAUGCUGAAAAAGGCUGCCAUUUCCUUCAUGUCCUGAGUUGUGUUCAGCAGAGCUACAGCCCCUCUCUGCCUGAAGUGGUGAUGCAUCGUGUCUUGGAAUUACUGGAGAGUAACAGUGAUGUUGUCAGCACUAUGGAAGGAUAUUUUAUGGUAUUUUAAAGAGAAAAGAUAAGAAAGAGAGGUUGAGAGACUGUGAGAAGCUGUCAUUAGCUUGUAUGAUCUAGAUAGUUGAUAAAAAAGAGCCUUUUGGUUCUCCAAAUGCUAUUUUUCUCCAGCUUCAGAGAAAUUGUUCAAAUACUUGUUUUAAUAUUCUUCCUGACUUCCUUGCUAUUCCUAGUGAAAGUGGUAUCAAACUGAUUCUGGACAUUCUAAUCUAGCAGGGAAACUGGAAAAGAAACUGUGCUCUUGGAGUAAGAAGAGACAUUGACCAUCCUCACAUCUGCAUCCAGUGGGCCUAAAGUAAAGUCACUGCUAAAGAUCACUGUUUACAGCAGUGGUCAUCUCAGGAGAUAUUUUUCUGGCUUAAUGAUUGAUCUUGCUAGGUUUCAUGUGGUAAUAGCUGUAGAUCUUUCUUUUUAUGUGAACCCGGUAACACCUAGAGAAAGGACACACAAACAGAAGGAUUUGCCUGUCCUUCCUGGCAGUGCCUGGUGCAUCUUUGUCUGUGAAUAUGUGUUCCUCAAUCUGGACAGCUUUCCCACUACUAAAGCAAUCCUCCCCAUUCUCUGUAAAGUAAUAUUCAGGAAUGGGGUCCUGCAUCCCUUGCCCACUGGUUGUCAAGCAUGCCUCCAUUCCUCUGCAUUCCAGUCUGUGGUACUGAUGCCUGUUGUUGCAGUUUCUCUUCAGACCAGAAUUCUCAAAAUCAGCUACUAUUUUGCUGUUUCAGUUGUUUCUUAAAUCACAAAUGGUAAAACAUAAAUUUGAUGCUUUGGAAAAGAAAAUACAGAAGCCUUUGAGACCCACUGUAACCUCCUCUGCCUGUUGCUUUUUGUCUUUUAUUCUUUGUCACUUUUGUGGCAAA